AUGGCUCGUAAACAAAAUAAAAAGUCUCAUUCGACGAAUAAUUCAGGCCCCGCUGACAAAGUUCCUACAUCAACGAAUGCCAAUGAUUCGUCUGGAUCGCAUAUUGAAACUGAAACUUUCCCUGAUAAACACCGUCGAACUAGUGUAUUGAUCACUGGCGGCGACGAGGCUCUCCCACACAAUAAACCAGUCGAUGAUGCUAUAUCGUCCAUGGCCAAAAUGUCAGCCAGUUUUACGGACGACAAGAUAUUGAGAAAGAGCCUGGGGGUGGAAGAAAAAGAAAUUGGGGAAAAGUUGAAGAUUCUUGAAAAAGAGCCCGAACAUGAGCCAUCGGAAGUUGUGAUUGGAAACGAUGACGAUGUGAAAGGCGACGUGAAAGACGAUGUGAAAGACGAUGUAGAAGACGAUACAAUUGCACCUAAUCAAUUCGAGGAGGCUAUUAAGAAGAAUAAAUUAGAUCCUCAAGAUCAGACGGCUGCGGGCAACAACGGACGUGGCCAACCAGAUCUUUCACCUAGAACGACCACCGGGAUUGUUGAGCCAUUGAGCCGUGAAAAUAAGGAUACAGAUGGUCAUGAUUCUGCUGCAGAUGUUAGUGGAUUAGCAUCCAAAGACGAUGAUAAUAAAAAUAUGGAUCAUGAUCCGAUCACGUUGGUUGGAGACAAGCGCAAAAGCGAAUUACAGGAAUAUAUUCCCGAAACAGGAGCAGCCAAAGAAGAAACGGAUGAUUUCGCUCCAGCCCAGAAAGACUUGACUUCAACAGACAAAGAGGGAAAAGAUCAGGCACCAGAAUUGUCGGACGCGUCAGAGGCAAAAAAUGAUAGUUUCCCGUGGGGAGCUGAAACACUGACCGAUGCUAACUUACCAUGGGAAACGGAAGAUACGAACUACAAUAAAAGUGCAGCUCCUAUGCCCUGGGAACUAGAGUCAUAUGAUGAAGCUUCAAAAAACGAUGAUAAUCUUCCAUGGGAAUCUCAUACAAAUGAUGCUCCAUCUCAAGCGGACGAUGAUAACCUUCCAUGGGAAUCUGAUACAAACAAUGAUGCCCACGCAUCACAAGAAGACGAUGAAAAUAAGGAGUCGAAUGAAUCCACCAAUGUAGAUGACUUGUUUGGUGGCGGUCACGAUAAUGACUUCCUAAAGGAGAUACAAAAGCAGGAAGAAUCAAAGGACAAAGAUGAGGUUUUACUCGAUUCAUCAGAGAAUACUCCAUCAGCACAACCAUCGUCUCAAGGCCAGGAUAUUUCGCAGGAUAUGAGAAAGUAUUCCACCACACAAACCGACAUUUCUCAUUGUGCAGAAAAAGAUAAACUUGCAUUGCAAUCUGAAAAUGACCCUAAAGGAGAAAACGAGAAAACCGCUGAAAACCUGGAUAUACAUAGACCACAAGAAGCAGAUCAUUUAGAUGAAUUAUUCCAAGAUGACGACCAUGAUUUCCUUCAAGAAGUAGGAUCGUCUGACAAGAAAACUGACCCAUUCAAAUUUCCUCCAGAUAAUAGUGCACUUGAUAGUAAGGACAGUGAGAAAUCUGAGACUCAAAACAAAUCUCUUGAUUUUUUGGAGAUGGACAAUGACCUUCUUGAUGACGAGUUCUUGGAAGAUGAUAUAACAAGUCAAACUCAGACUCUAAAGUCAAAGUCUAAUAAACAAGCAUAUUCACCGUCGACAACGCGUCCAUCAACAACCACAGUUGUACCAACACAGGAGAAGCUUAAGGGCUCGACCGUGAACAAGAAAAAGAAUGAUGCCUACGAUUUCCCAGAUAGCUUGAUAUCUCAUAAAUUUAAACCUGCUGCAAGAUCUACAAAUAAAUAUGCACCUGGUUCUUCAAGUCAUAACUCCCCACCAGUUGCCAGCAUGCCACCUAAAUUACACUCUCCGUCCAUGAAUGCUGUAGGAAGCAUGUCAGUUUCCAAUGAAAAGCAAGCUAUUUCAACCCAAGGUCUGCAAAAGAAAUCAUUUUUUGAGGAUCUACCAAUGCCAAUUCAGAAACAACUGGUUAAACCAGCGAGAGCUGCUUUACCCAGGUCUCAAAUGAGUCAGAGCAUUUCCCCCACAGUGAAUCCUGCUCAACCGCAAUUACAAAAGCCUGUUGUUAAUCCAUAUGCUAGACCAGCUAUGAACACUGUUGUUUCUCCCCCAAUGAAUUAUGCUCAGCCGUCUGGCAUGCCCCCAGUUACAAACAAUAGAGGGGGUUCACAUAUACCAGUUGGCAUGGUUGCACCACCGCCACCAUCACAGAUUACAGGUAAUAAUGUAUUGCCUCAUGUUCAACCACAAGCAUUCCCUAAUAUGCAAAAUCAAAAUUUAGGCCAGAAUACAAAUUCGUAUGCUCCAUCGCGCAAAAUUUCCAACCCAUCACCAAAUCUCAUUAAUACGGCUUUACCUAAAGUCCAAGGAGCUCAAAGUGCUACUAGUCCUUACGUUCCGAAUGCUGGACCUUAUGCUCCAAGUAGCCAUAAGAGGACACUGUCGCGAGCAAGCUCUUUAAUAGGAGCUAAGAGUAAAGAGGUCAACCCAUAUGCGCCAGCAUCUAUCAAUGUUCCGAACGCUCAGCAAGGUAUAUCGCAGGGUAUUAUGAAGCCGAACACGGCUAGUCCUACUGCUCCUCCUGCUGCUAUGAACAAUUCUAUUCAUGGAAGAAGGCGUGGAGUUUCUAAUGUAAAGUCAAAUUUUUACCACAAAGAACAAACUGCACCAAAGGUAGAAAACCCUAAUGCUUUGCUUCAACGUCAAUUUCCAAUAUUUAAUUGGAGUAGUUCUAAGAGCGUAGCUUAUUUGAUACCAUCAGCAGUUACGAACACAUAUAACCGUACUUCGGAAUCCGUGAAUGUAACUGAUAUAAAAUAUGUUUUAAAGGAUAGCCAUUAUUUAUCAACUUUUCCAGGUCCAUUUAACAAGUUAAAAACCAAGAAGAAGGAUGUGGAGAAAUGGUUGGAAUCAUACAAUGAAUUUUUAAUUCAAGACAAUACAGGCAUGAAGCAAGAUGAAGUCCUUGUCUCUCAAAUUUUAUUAGCACUUGUUAGAUUCAAUGGUGACUGUAAAUCUGAUGAUUUUACAAAGGCUGCAUGUGCUGUUCUCAACCCAAGUGUAGAUUAUGUUAAUGAUAAUACUCAUAUGGAUAUGAAUUCAACGUCCGCCUUAGCCAAUGCAUAUAGGUUAGAUAACGCAGGCAUUAAUAUCAUUUGGAGUUUAUUACAAAUAGGUAAUACAGAAAAAGCCUUGGAAUUCUGUUUAUCUAAAGGAGACUGGGCUCUUGCAUUAAUGAUAGCUAGUUUUGAUGGUCUCGAAAAGUUUGGAAAAGUUGCCUCUGAUUAUGCAAGGACAAAUUUUCCAUUCCAGAAAUCUCAAAGUAAGGUUCAUCAUUUAAUGCCAAUUAUGUUGAAAUUAUUUGCUGGGAAUUUCAAGAGUGCAAUUGAUGAUAUAACUAAUGUACAAACUGAGGGAGAAUGGUUUAUUCAAAACUGGAGAGAACUUGUUUCGUUGGUAGUAAUCAACAAACCUCAACAUGGGCAUGAAUUUUUAUGUGAAUUUAGUAAGCUUCUAGCAUUAUCAGGACAAAUAAUUGCAAGCCAGAUUUGUCUUAUUUUGGCGGGGCUUCCUUUAUCUAGUAUUCCAUCCCAGACUAAUGGCAUCUUAUUCUCAGUUAUUGGUUUUGGAAGCCACUCGUUUGCAUAUUCAGAAAUAUACGAGUAUGCGAUGCAAUUAAGUACAACUAAUAUUCCUCCAACGGGGUUCGCUCAUUUACUUCCGCUUAAAUUGAAGCAUGCGCAAGUGUUGGCUGAUUACGGUUUGUUCACAGAGUCCCAAAAAUACUGUGACGCUAUAAGUAAUAUUAUCAAGGCUACUGGAAGAUCGUCAUUUUUCAAUCCAGUUGCAUUUCAAGAAUUUCAAAAUUUAUUAAUGAGAAUUUCACAGUCCGGUGCAAGUGAUCUGGGCUGGUUUGGAAGUAAAAAGUUGAAUCUUGAUAAAAUGUGGGACCAACUUGAUAAAUUUAUUGGGGGUGAUGAAUCUAAGGCAAAAUCUGGUGAAAACGGUACAUUCAGCAAAUUUAGUCCUGCAGUUUCAAGAGCUCCAUCAUCGCUAGACAUCACGUCUUUGAAUAAUCACUACCCACAGACUCUGCCACAAGUUCGCCCUGAUCACAUAAGAGAUACUUUGGUAGCCACCAAUUCCGCUCCGGGAACUUCGUCUGAGAAUUCAAUAUUGAAGCUGAAUGGCAUGCCCCAUAGCAGACCGCCACCAUCACUUUACUCAAAUAAUAGUACAACUUCUAUACAAAAGUAUGCUCCAUCGUCUUCCCAGGUAACUCCUAAGCCAACCCUUACUCGUAAUGAUCAACUGUUUUCAUCUCAACAAGUUGGUAAUCCUGUUUAUGAAUCUUUGCAGCAAUCACGAAUGGCACCUAACAAUUCGUCAUCACAAUACCUACCAAUGAAUCAGGGCCAGAGUGAAAACAUCAAGGCUUCUUCGAAAUAUUCAACUAAUCCGCAGAAAGUUUACUCCAAUAAUAAUGGCAGCUUGCCUUAUAUGAAUCCAUCAGCACAAUUUUCAAGCCUGUCAAUAGCAUCACACCAGUCGUUACACAUGGGAAUAUCAGGUGUAAAUGCUAAUCCUUCGACUUCCGUAAAAAGACCAUCUAUUUCAAAUUCUUUUUCUGAAAAUCAUGUUAAUUCAAAUCCAAUUUCUGGACAUAAACAUACGUCGUCGCUCCAAAGCGAUAUAAGCUUGGAUUAUCCAGCUGAAUUCAAGUCAAUGCCAAAACCAGCGGGUGAUAAUUCAAUUAUUCCAGAUGCACACCUGAGUUUGAAGAGGGACAAUGAAAAUGUGCCUGAAACUAUUACUGAGUCGAGGGAAUCAGAGAAGUCUUCAGAACUUCGAGAUAGUUCUAAUUCAUUAACUGUGCCACUGGCCAUAGAUGAAGGUCACUCUACCGUCGAGGACCUGACAUUACCACAGGCUCCACCGCCUAAAGGCCAUUCUAAACCAAAUAUUGCAUCUUCUAGCGUCGCACCUAAGAAAGCGAGGGCCAGGGCUAAUCCAUAUGCGCCAGGUGCCGCUGCAUCUAGAACUGGUGGAAACAAUAAGUAUGGGCCACAGUCAAGUGACAAAUAUACUUCAAAGAAAGAAAACACUAGCCUGCUAGUUGACACACCUUCUGAUAUUUCUUAUAAUGAUAUCUUCAACUACGGCGGAUACAAAGUUCCUGAAAAAUCAGAGGUUAAUGAUAGUAAAGAUCUUGAUGAUAGGAAUGAAGUGAACGAGGCUCCGGACCAAGAAAGUAUUGAUACCAAGGAAGGGGCUUCAAAAACCAGCUCAUAUCUUUACCCUGAACCACCUAAAGUUAUAUCAAUGUCACAGUCGAGGAAUAUUAACGUAGAUGAGAGUUUUGAUAGCGAAAAUAUAAACGAUCAUGACUUUGAGACGAGUAGUCUUAAUGCUCCUAACGCAAAGGUUCCCGCUUCAAAUAAUUUAAACAAUUCAUUCAGAACAAACGAGAAAGAAUCAAUGUUUCAUCCUUAUCAAGAGAGCGAAAAUAAAUCUAGAAGAACCUCCAAUUUUGGAGUGGAUAGCAGUUUUGGAGAUUUCCCAAUACCUGGAUCGCCAGACUUGACGACAAGGGCCAAUUCUGUUAUAGGCGGCCCUGGAGGAUUAUUUUCGUCUAGAUUAUCCCAAUCCCAACAAUCCGCAUUAUAUCAACAAUAUGAGGUACAAGAUGACACUGUCAAAGAAUAUAUACCUGUUGUUGAUGAAGAAGAUGAGGAUUCAGAAGAUGAGUCACUGAAGAUAGAAAAGCGAAAGAAAGAAGAACAAGAACGCCACGCGAGAAUUGAAGCAGAUAGAACCAAACAAAGACAAGAUGCAGCAGCUUCGCAGAGAAACCAAACUUGGUGGCCCGGUUUCUUAGCAAGGAAGAAUGAUGAUAAGCCAAAGGCCAUUAGAGCUAAGUUAGGAGAAAAAAAUAAAUUUGUUUAUGAUGAAAAGUUGAAGAGGUGGAUUGACAAAAGUAUCCCGCUCGAAGAACAAUUGAAAUCAUCUGCUCCUCCACCACCACCAGCAGCUAAGAAAAAGCCAAUUGACGGUUCAAGUAGUAGUAUAAGUAAGCCAUCAAAUUCGAGUACACCACUUGGCCCUGCCAAACAAGAUAUGGUUCCACCAACGUCAAAUCCUCUGAAUGGUACACCACUGCUAGGGCCAUCACAGCCAAGACCAUCGCAAUCAGGUCCACCACCACCUGCUGGUCCAAGCUUAGCAAAUGCAGGAUUAGAUGAUCUUUUAUCACUUGGUGGAGGACCAUCGUCUGGACGUAAGAGUAAGAAAGGUCCUCGUCGUGGUUAUGUCAACUUAUUAGAUCAAAGUAAAUAG